UUCCUCCGUCGUGACGUAUAUGGUGCGUCAUUUCCAUGACAACCGCUGAGGCUUCGAUUGACAAAACAAAGAAACAUGGAUGAUGAUCAGAAUGCAGAAGAGACAGCCUUCGUGGUGGAAGAAGUGACCGGCAUCAUUAAAGAGUCUCUGGAGUCAGUGAUUGGUCGCAGCAGUUUCGAGCACAAGCGUGUGAGUCAGUGGACGUCCAGUGUCGUGGAGCAGAGUCUCUCUCAGCUCAGCAAACUAGCCAAACCCUUCAAAUACAUCGUCACAUGCAUCAUCAUGCAGAAGAACGGCGCUGGUCUUCAGUCGGCCUCCUCAUGCUUCUGGGACAGCACUACUGACGGAAGCUGCACCGUCAGAUGGGAAAAUAAAUACUUGUACUGCAUCGUCAGUGUGUUUGGACUCGCCAUUUAAACACGAGCGCGUUCAGCCUGACCUCAAAACCCUCGACGCACAAUAAAGCACACGUCUUAAAAAUCUCUGCAGGUUUUAUUCUCUCAGACAGUUUUCACAACAGUGCAAUGGAAGGAGUGUGUGUGUGGACUGAGGAAUGACUUGAUGACCCUGAUGCUGUUUAUUACACUCAUGGAGAACGGCUUCAACUCAAGUAAAUGUUCAUCUGUAAAGCAAAGCAUUUCCGUCAGAUCCUCCAUCCAAACAGCAUUACAGCUUUAAGACAGAGAAGUGAACCGACAAACAUUUACACAGAUCCGACCGACCACCACAUCCACAAAAUAAUAAAUACAGGCACAAUAAAAAAAAAAGGAAUGUGAGAAAAGAAGGCUUUAGGAAUGUAAAUGAAAUGAACAUUUUUAUCAAAAAAAGAAAAGAGAUUCACAUGAGCACAUCUGGACAUCGGCCAGAAAUCAGCAGAAAACCGUCCUAAAGCAGAUCACAUGACACACACAGGUCAUAUUUCACUCCAUAAAGCAAAACAUAUAUUGUGCAUUACGUAGAAAUAGUUUGGACCUUAAUAUUUUUUUAGUCACAUUAUUUUCAAGAGUUACACAUUUAA